AUGCUGCAUCCUGCUGUAGAGAAUGGAACAUGGGGUAAAGAAGAAAGAGUGUCAAAUCCAUUCAAACAUGGUGCUGAAUUCGAUCUGAGUGUUCGAGCGCAUGCGGAUAAAUUCGAAAUAUCGGCUAACCACAAGGAAGUUCGUGAAUACAAGAUGCGUCUCCCACUCAGUUCAAUCGAAUACUUCACUGUGACUGGUGAUGUGAGGCUGAAGGGUGUGCACUGGGGUGGUCGUUACUACACUCUUCCGUUCGAAACUCAGUUCCCAGGUGGUCAUCUGAAGAGUGGAGAACGCGUUUUCGUUUAUGGUGAGCCGAAAGGGGAGCAUUUCGCAAUUAACUUCAUUGCACGUAACGGUGAUAUUCUGUUCCAUUUCAAUCCCCGCUUCAAGGAGAAAAAAGUGGUGCGUAAUGCGCAAAUUGGUGGAAUAUGGGGAUUGGAGGAGCGUGAAGGGCCGUUCCCGUUCAAGAAAGAUAUUAGCUUCGAUCUUGCGUUCCUCAAUGAACCUUAUUCUAUCCAGAUAUUCCACGAUGGAGAACGCAUUGGCACAUUUGCGCAUCGAACAAAGGAUCCAGCCAACGAUUACAUGGGACUCAGUAUUGCUGGCGAUCUCGAGCUAACUGGACUUGAAUUUUCACAGCAUUAA